AUCAAGAUGGUCGCGAAAGGUGUCCGAAAUCAGUACCUAGCAACGUACUGUGCGAAUCUCGCCACACUAAUCUACGGUCUGUCGAUAGGAUGGCUCUCGCCCAACCUCAUCCUGAUGGCAUCGGACGAUACGCCACUGGUGACGGGGAAGAUCAGCAGCGAGGAGCAGGGUACCAUCGGAUCGAUCGGUACGAUCGGCUGCAUGUUGGCUCCGCUCGUGUGUGGCUGGGUGGCGGAAAUUGCUGGCCGCAAGUCCGCCCUCAUGCUGAUCGGCGUAACGCAGCUGAUCAGCUGGGCCGUAAUGCCAUUCGCAACCAAUCUGUCCGUCAUCUAUGCGUCCCGCAUUUUCGGUGGAUUUGCGGGCGGUGGAACACUGUCCAUUGUGCCAUUGUUUGUGUCGGAAAUAUCGGAAGAUAGAAUACGAGGAACGCUCGGAACGAUGCUCGCCAUCUCAUGCAACUUUGGAAUCCUGCUGGGAUUCAUCAUAUCUCACUACGUUAAUUGCUGGGCCGUGACGUACCUUGCGCUGCUGAUGUGCGUCGUCUACUCGCUAGGUUGCUGCUUCUUGCCAGAAUCUCCACAGUAUCUGUUUGUCAAGAAGAAGAAAGAGAAAGCGAUAAAGGCAUUGCGGUUCUACCGUGGAGAGGAAGCGGAAAGUGAAACAUCACAAUUUACUGCUGAGGUAGCACGCUUUAAGGACAUCCACAAUGUGGGCCCGCUCAAGAAGAAGGAUUCCAACCAGAUCCACAUCAAAGAUUUCCUGACUCGAUCGCGCUGGAAGCCGAUCCUGAUCUGCGUCAUUGUGAUCAUGUUCCCGGCCGGUUCCGGUUCGAUACCGCUCAUCACGUACACGGCCACCAUCUUCCAGGAGUCCCAAUCCAACCUUAGCCCAGCCAUGUCUUCGAUCGUGGUGGCAACGUUGCAGCUGAUCGGUUCGUACGUCUCCACGAUGACGGUCGAGAAGGCUGGCCGGCGCGUUCUGCUGGUCGUUUCGACGCUCGGAUGCGCCGUCUGUACCAUCACAAUGGGCACGUACACCUUCCUGCAGGAGAUGGACGUCGAGGUGGACUACUUCCGGUGGGUACCAGUCGCCAGCAUGUCCGCACUAGUCUUCAUCAAUGCCAUCGGUAUCGGUAUUGUGCCAUUCAUCAUCAUGACCGAGAUCCUGGACCCGAAGAUCCGCGGUUCGGUCGUCACCUUCUGUCUGCUGGAGUUCUCCGGCGUCGCGUACCUAGUCGUCAAGUACUUCCCGAUCGCGGUCGAGCAGCUCGGUAUGUACACGUGCAUGUGGUUCUUCUCGUGCUGCUGCGUCGCGUCCGCCGCCUUCGUGCUCACCUGCAUGCCGGAGACCAAGGGCAAGAACUUCGAGCAGAUCUCCGAAUCUCUGAACGGUGGCAAGAAGGCGGGCCACAAGGAUGUCGCCCCAACGCCCGUCUUUCACAUCAUAACAGCCAGCUAUGGAGUUACGGUUGGAUGGCCUGCACCGAUCAUUCCUUUGUUGCGAUCCCCGGACACACCACUCCCGAGUGGACCGAUCACGGUAGAGGAAGCGUCCUGGAUUGGAGCUACUCUGUGUAUUGGUGGUACGAUCGGAACGAUACUUUUCGCGAUUAUUCACACGUACUUCGGCAAGAAGGUGGCUCUGCUGCUCAUAUCCAUCCCACACCUCAUCCUGUGGACUUUGAUACUCAUCGGUGACAAUGUGUGGUACAUCUAUGGGGCAAGAUUUUGCAGUGGACUUACUGGGGGUGGUGUGGUCAGUGUCGUACCGCUCUACAUUGCUGAUAUUGCAGAUAAAAAGAUCCGCGGGACACUAGGAUCGCUAACGAUCAUCUUCAUCAACAUUGGGCUGUUGUUUAUCUACACCGCAGGCAACUAUCUGCCGUACUACGUCAUACCGAAGAUCAUGCUCGUAGCACCCGCAGGAUUUCUCAUACUGGUGAGCUUCCUACCAGAAACGCCAUAUUGUUUGCUUCGCAAGGGUCGUUUGCUGGAGGCCGAACAGUCACUCAUGUUCUACCGCAACAUCUCCGACGAACGACAUCGAACGGUGGAGUUUACAGCGGAGUUUGAGGAGAUGAGAAGCUUUAUCCUAACGGAAAGCACACAAUCGCGUAUCUGCUGGGCUGACUUCACCACACCGGAAGCGAAACGAGGCCUCUUCAUAGGCGUGUUCGUGAUGGCGCUCAACCAGUUCAGUGGAAUCUUUGCCAUCCUCACGUACGCUGGCACUAUCUUCCAGAUGUCCGGUACGGGGAUCGAUCCGAACGUGGCGCUUGUUCUCGUCGCGGUCAUCAAUAUUUGUGGCAAUCUCACGUCUUUUGCCAUCAUCGAUCGUGUUGGGAGGAAGAUAUUGCUGCUACUAUCGGCCAUUGGAGUCGGUUUGGCGUUGGCCGUGCUCGGUGCUCAUUCGUAUCUGCUCACAAUUGGGUAUGAUCUACGAGGCGUCGAGUGGUUGCCAGUGUUGGCACUGGCGAUGACACUCUUCCUAGCCGCUAUCGGUAUUACCAAUGUUCCUUUCUUUAUCGUACCGGAAGUGAUGCCACCGAAGCUUCGCAGUAUCGGAAGCACCAUUAGUGCCACAUUGCUCUGCAUGUUUGCGUUCAUCUGCGUAAAGCUCUACCCCAUACUGAUGGAAACCAUCUACAUUCAUGUUGGCUCUGGUGCUCGAAAACGCUCCUCAACGAUGGAUACUUCUAGCAAGGGUAUUCGGAACCAAAUCUUUGCCACCGGUGUUAUGAACCUGAUCAAUCUAUCGCAUGGAGCUGCGUUAGGUUGGGUAUCACCUUUCUUACCCGUGCUAAUGUCCGCUGACCAGACUCUUCUCGAGAACGGACCCGUUACGGUGGAGCAAGGAUCAUGGAUAGGAUCGAUCCUUUGUCUUGGUGCACUCUUUGGGGCCUUUUUGUACGGGUACUUGGUGGAAAAGAUUGGCAUCAAGCGGACCUUGCAGGCACUCGUAAUACCUCACUCGGCAUUUUGGGUCAUCAUCUAUGUAGCCACGUCCGUCCAUCAGCUAUAUCUUGCCAGAUUUCUUGCUGGUCUCUCUGGAGGAGGCAUCAUUGUCGUCUUCCCGCUAUUCAUUGCUGAUAUAUCGGACAAAAAAAUUCGGGGUAUUCUUGGUUCCUUUCUAGCACUGACCAGCAACGGAGGAUUCCUGCUCAUGUACGUCAUCGGUGAUGUGCUUUCUUAUCACACAGUGGCCCUCACAAUGCUAGUUCUUCCUCUGCUCUUCACCGUGUUGAUGUGUUUCGUACCAGACACCCCGCAAACCUGUCUAAAAAUGGGUAAAGCUAAAGAAGCCGAACGGUGCUUCAUGUUCUAUCGGGGAGUACAAAAAUCAGCGGAAAAAACCAAUGCCUUCCGACAGGAGUUUGAAAAUUUGGAGAAAUUCAUCGAACACAACGCCGGACAAAGCUCUCGCAUUACUUUGGCUGAUUUUAAAUCGCGCGAAGCAAAGCUGGGAAUUUUUAUAGGUAUAUUCCUCAUGUUCAUCAAUCAGUUCUGUGGCAUCUUUGCGAUCCUCACGUACGCUGCCUCCAUAUUUGCCGGUGUUGGUUCUUCUUUAAGCCCAAACACGUCCGCCAUCAUCAUGGGCACGAUCCAGAUCGUUGGAACACUGUCAUCGUUUGUGUUUGUUGAUCUAGCCGGUCGUAAGGUACUGCUCAUCAUUUCCACCUUCGGUACAGGUUUAGGACUGUUCUUGCUGGCUGUGUUUAACUGGCUUACGGUAAAUGGGUCCGCUGCGAGCUGGCUGAAGGACUAUAGUUGGUUCCCGAUCGUGAGCCUUUCUGCAACGGUGUACCUCUUCUCGGUAGGGUUGUGCAGCAUUCCUUUCUUCGUACUGCCGGAGUUGUUGCCACCGAAGAUAUGCAACGCGGGAAAUACGCUGAGCAUGGUAUCAAUAACGAUAUUUGCAUUCAUCAGUCUAAAGAUAUUCCCCAUCAUGGUAGAAGUGAUCGAUCUUUACGGUGUACUAGGACUGUACGCAGGAAUAUCAUUCGCCGGUGUGGCAGUUAUAGCACUGAUCGUGCCAGAAACCAAAGGGAAAAAUCUUAUUUCUCCACAAAGUGUAUAGAAGUGGUACAUAAUAAGCAAAUAAACUAAAUAAGAGAUUAAUAAACAA